UCAGUGGAUUGAUGUCAUUCGUCCAACAACAAAUAAGAAAAAACUUGCAAUUUUUUUGCAUUUGUUAUAUUUUACGAAAAUAAUAAAAAUUUUCCUAAGAAAUGGCCAACUUUAUGCAAGAUAGUGUGGUAAAAUAUGCUUGCUCCUGCGGCAUAUUAAAUCCCAUAAGUAAACUGUUCUUUUGUCGCCACUGUCCCAAGCUGAGGUGUGGUUUCUGUGUCUGCCACGAAGUUGAUUCACAUUUCUGUUCAAAUUGUUUGGAGAACAUACCCUCUUCGGAGGUGCGUCACAAGAAAAAUUGUUGUGCCAAUUGUUUUGAUUGUCCUUGUUGUCAACAUACUCUGUCGGCUCGUGCCACCACUGUAAUUGUACAGAAAAAGCCAGAUGAGACCAAGGAAGGCGAGGAGACUAAACCUGAUGCUUCUAAGGUUAUUACUAAGAAAAUGUAUUAUUUAUCUUGUUUGGCAUGUCGUUGGACUUCAAGAGAUGUUGGUAUACCAGAUCAAGCUGUAGCUACUGGAGCCUGGCCUGACAAUGAAUGUGCUUAUCAAACACGUUUUAAUGCUUUGGCCGAAUACUAUCAAGCUGUGGUGCAACAGGAUAAACAAGAACGGCAAGAGUACUUAAGACGUAAAGCUCCCAAGGCCCACAAAUUUCCCAGUCUUACCGAUCGUACUGGUUUAACUGUAUCCAUAAUACGACGACAAAUGGGCUGGUCUGACAAGAAUACACAAAAAGCUAAACCAGUCAAUAUAGCACCAUCAAUAGAAAGUGCUGAUGUGGGUGAAUUACCAGACAGUAUUUUUACACAGAAAAUCAAUUUGCGCAACAUUACUACGGUUAAACAACGUCACAAUCAACCUUGUGAACAACCCUUUACUAUUAACAAGCUCUAUCCGCAACGUCGUUGCAUGUGGAUUAAACGUUCUUUACGCUGUCGUCAGUGUGAACAUAAUGUUAUUAAACCGGAAUAUCAUCCUACUUCGGUUAAAUAUCGCAUACAACUAUUUGCUAGUUAUCAUGUGCCAGAUGUUUUGCUGGUCAGUUGUGAUGAGCCGCUUAAGGCCGGACAAUUGAAUUCAUUUACUUUGAAACUAAGUAAUCCAACUAUGCAUGAUAUGAUUAUAAAAAUCAUGGAAUUACCUUCGUUGGAGGAGGAAUUACAAUUGAUUGAAGAGUUUAAACGUUCUUGCACAUUAAAGGAUACUUCAUUAACUGCUGCUACUGCUAUGGAUUCUUUGAAAUCUUUAACUGGUUCUCCUAGUUUAACUGGUGCAAAUAGUUUAACUAAUACUACGUUGGUAAGGCAAACGUCUAUACAUGAAGAGCCCAGAGUGGUGAAACAAAAAGUUAAUUCCAAACUAAUACCUUUGGAAACGGAAUUUACUUUAAAUUUACGUGAUGACUCAAAGGAAUUCGAUGAGGAACCCCAGACAGCACAAAAAGAGGAACCUAAAUUUAUUGUUUGGCGUAAAUCCAAUAAGGUAUUACUACGUUUACAAUUUACUCCCGAUGCUGAUUUGAAACCAGGAGAGGAUGUUUAUGUUGGCUUUAAUUUACUUUACACUUAUGUCAAUACCGUUACUAAUACUCCGGAAAAGAAGGAACCAACUACUCACAACUUAAACUGUCGUGUUUUUGUUAAAGUUGGUUCUAUUGAAGGUUGAUAGUUGGAGGUUUAUAAAAUGGAAAGAUUAAUUGGUAAAUGCAGUAAAUUUGAAGAUUGGACAUCAUUGUAAUGAGAUCGUUAAGAUUUUGCCGCAUUUACGAACUUAAGUUUAUUGUAUUGAUUAAUUUAUUUUCUGUAAGCUUUGGCUUUUAAUUUUAAGCUUGAAAUGAAAUAUACAUAUGUAUUGAAUUCAUAGAA